AUGGACAGAUUUUUAUUAAAUAAACAAGUUGGCAGUCCAAAUGACAGUGAUAAUGCAUCAACUAGUAAUGGCAAGGAAGCAAAGAAGCGGAAAUAUCGUAAAUACGAUGAUAGCUAUUUGGACUUUGGUUUUACUUCAAUAGAAGUUAAUAAUGAAGAAAGACCGCAGUGUGUGCUUUGUUUAAAAAUAUUGUCAUCCGAAAGUAUGCUUCCAAGUAAGUUAAAGCGACAUCUUGAGACAAUUCAUCCAACUAUGGUUGAAAAAUCGCGUGAUUUUUUUCACCGAAAAUUACAAAAUUUAAAUAAAACAAAAAACGUAUUCACUCAGCAAGCCUCAGUACCUAACAACGCACUGUUAGCAUCAUUCAAGGUAGCAUACAGGGUGGCAAAAUGCAAAAAACCUCAUACUAUUGCAGAAGAGCUUAUUCUACCGGCUGCUCUCGACAUGGUAAACAUUAUGGUUGGAGAAUCGGCAGGAAAAUUAAUUUCCAAGGUACCCUUAUCUAACAACACGAUCGGUCGAAGAAUCCAUGACAUAGCUGAGGAUCUCAAUUACCAAUUAAUAGAAAAAAUCAAAAACAAUUAUUUUGGUUUGCAACUUGAUGAGGCUACUGACAGUAAUAAUGAUGCGCAUCUUAUUUGCUACGUACGCUUUCUGACUGACAAUAUUAUUGUCGAAGAUCUGUUAUUCUGCAAAACCAUUACCGAAAGUGCGAAGGCCCAAGACUUAUUUGAAAUUAUUGACAAUUUUUUUGUAGAAAAUGGUUUGAAUUGGGAAAAGUGUAUUGGUAUUUGUACUGAUGGCGCUCGAUCCAUGUCUGGCAGGUAUGGAGGAGUACAAGCGCUUAUUCGUAAAAAAGCACCGAAUGCUUUGUGGACCCAUUGCAUCAUCCAUAGAGAAGCUCUUGCAUCAAAAUCUAUGAGCUCCGAACUUAACCAAGUACUGGAAUCUGUAAUUAACGUAGUAAACUACAUAAAAACUAGGCCUCUUAAGGCCAGACUUUUUAAAAAACUAUGCUUGGAUAUGGGGGCUGAGCAUACGGCCCUGCUGUAUUAUUGCAAUUCACGGUGGCUAUCACGUGGAAAUGUUUUAUUUCGUGUGUUCGAAUUACACGAAGAAAUUCGAACUUUUUUACAGCAAGAACGUCAUGAAAGCGCCAAAUAUUUUACUGAACCAGACUUUUUGUUAAAACUAGCAUAUUUGUGCGAUAUAUUUGAGAAACUAAAUAAUUUGAAUCUGUCUUUGCAAGGUAAUAACACGCACAUUCUGAAACUAUCGGAGAGAAUUGCGGCAUUUAAAAAGAAACUACAGUUGUGGAUAAAUAAAAUGAAUGAAGGCGGCGGUCAAGAUUGCUUCCCGCAGCUGUAUAAAUAUGCGGCAUCUAAUGAAUUGGUUGUCUCACCAGACCUGAUUGCCCUCUUCACGGAACACCUAUUGAAGCUCAGCGAAUGGUUUUCGGCGUACUUUAAAGAUGAUGAUGUUGAAAAAUUUGCAUGGAUCAAAGAUCCUUUCCACGCACAAGCUCCACCAGGGUUCACAUCACAAGAUGAAGAGAGUCUCAUUGAGCUCUCUUGCGACAGCAGUCUUAAAACUAGAUUCAUCACUUCCGACUUGUUGGAGUUUUGGUUAUCAAUUCAAAAUGAAUAUCCAAAUUUAGCUUCAAAAGCUUUAAGAAUUUUCAUUCCGUUUGCAACGUCAUAUUUAUGCGAGUCUGGUUUUUCAGCUGUAGCUGUAAUUAAGAACAAAUAUCGCUCGAGAAUCAAUGUGGAGAAAGAAAUGAGAGUAGCAGUGUCAAGUCUUAUUCCCCGCUUUGAAAAACUGUGUGCAUAUCACCAAGCUCACCCAUCACAUUGA